AUGUUUAAAACAAUAAUUCGCCAAUGUAUUGCUCUGCAACCAAUUAUAAAUGCACGUUUAUCAACAUCAAUAACUCAUCGUUUACAUACAUUAUCGAAUCGUACGAAUGUAUAUCACAAUACACCAAUUUGGUCACAUGUUAUAGUAUCACGUCGGAAAAUGACGACUGAUCAGUCAGCUAAAGAUGCUGGUCAAAUGCGUACACCACCUCCUCUUACACCAAGUGAUGUUGAAAGACGUGUAUUACGUAUUUGCAAUGAAUAUGAUAAAAUUCUAGAAACUAAAAAACACGAAAUCACACUAUCAACAAAUCUCAUGAAAGAUCUUGGUCUGGAUAGUCUCGAUCUUGUUGAAAUCAUUGUCGCAUUGGAAAAUGAAUUUGGUUUUGAAAUUCCAGACAGUGAAUAUGACAAGCUAUAUAUAGUCAAGAGCAUGGUGGAUUAUCUCGUCAAUAAAAUGAAUAUUGUUGCAGGUCCAAAAUAA